AAGACUCUCCUUCUCCCUUCCACUAACUGAGUAAUGGGUAUCAGAUAGUCGGGGAACUCGACUAUAGCGUUCUCUCUUGUUUUUAUUUAACUUUAAUAAAUAAAACGCUCUCUUUAAAGAAUUAAGUAAAAGUUAUAAAGUUAUUUUCCACCUGAACGAUUGGAUUGUGGCCAAUUAAUAUACCAUUACUCGAAUUGUGGCGGAAAAAAUAUAAACAUAUAUUCAGGUGCAGCUCAAUGGCGUUCAGUGGCGUUUCUUUAGCGUUGUUCAGGCAAAAAAUUACCGAAAAUCAAAUAAUUUAAAUUUCAACUCGGACUUCAUUUUGGAGUCGGUAGAAAUGUAAUAUGAUCAAGAUUAUGUGGAGUACUUUUGCAAGGUUCCCGACGUGAGUUUUCCAUUUAAUAAUAGAAAGAUACACAGUUGUGAAUUUCUGAACCACGAGGUUACAUUUGCGUAGGUUCCACCUAAACUGGUAGAAGUGUCCAAUAGUUCUAAUAGUUAUAUUAUAUGUUAUAUUCCACUAUUACACAUAAACUGUUUUUAGAAAUUUAUAAUAUAAAGGCCUAGGUGCUGAACAAAUGUGUCUGGUAGUUUUAUAUUAAUUAAACCAAUCAUGUUUAUCUUUAAUCAUUAAUUGGAUUUGUGGGCAAUUAACUGCUCAUCAGUCGAAUAGCGGUCAGAAAAUAAAAACUGUUAGUCAGUAGGUAUAUGAUGGCAUUCAUUGGAUGUUUUAUUCUUUUCUUCCGGCUGAAUUGCAUACUUUCAGUAUUAGCAAUAAAUGAGGUAGGCGCAAUUUAAAAGCAUCCUGUAUACUGUAAUUGAGUGUUUAAAACUAUCAUAGCCAAUGGUCUUUAAAAAGGGCAACAUAGAGUUUAUCCUGGAAUCUCUGGAGACAAACUGUGACCACGAUUACGUUGAGUAUUUCCGCAAGGUUCCGGACACGAAAUUGCUUUAUACCUUUCGAGUGGUCAAACUGGCACCUGCUUUCACCAUCGAUAUUACAGUGAAAGUAAUUAAAACACAGAGAGUAUUCUAUAAGAUGGAGAACCUAAAGGGAUGUGACUUUCUGAACAAUCCGCUCCUGUUCAAAAUGUUUGGCGAGGUCUACAACCACCUCGUGGUCAAUGGCAGUUACUUUAAGUGCCCCAUCAAGCCGAAGGUAUAUUACCUGAAAAAUGAGGGUACGGUCUCAAUAAUUCCCAGCAUCCAUCCACCUGGACGCUUUCAGCUGUCGAUGCGUGUUAGAAUGGCGGAAAGUCGAGCGCCGUUUGUUAUGGAAAUGUUGUGGAAGUAUAAAAUUGUGCGUAUCAAAUAAAAACAUUUGCAAUUCGGGUGGUGCUGUGCAAAUUGCUUGAGUUGCAUAUAUGCCGUGUAGUUAGCAGUCAUUACUUUAUAAGUUCCGCACACAAGGACCAUACGCCUCACAAGUUGCUCAUCCGCAGCGUAGUGAGCACUCGUUGCUCAUACGCAACGUUGUUCCCACUCACUCCCAGAGGUGCCAUAACGUGUGGGACGCCCGUGUGCGUUUUGGCACUCGCAAAAUCAUAAUUCGCCGGCAAUGCCUUCUUUGCAUUUAAUGUAGCGUAAACAUUUUAAUUUUUUAUAAGCCCGGCCGCCCCAGCCAUUGCCAAUUUCGCACGGCUCUUCCCUGCUCAGCUGACUGCGACGUGCGCAAGUGGCCGUGGCUGUUGCCUUUAUAAUGCCACGUAGUCCCAACCACUUGGCCUGGCCCGGCCCGGCCAAUAGCACAUGGCCCAUGGCCCAAGGCCCAGAACUCGGGACGGGGUUGUUCACUGUGUCACGGAUGCCUGCACGUCCUGCCUGGCCAGGAUUCCCUACCAGAAAUCGGUUAUAAACGGCUUAGUAAGCUCCGGCGCUUGUUGAAUGGCUCCCCAAUGCUUCUGGGUUAUUACCUAUGCCACCCAAACGACGCGAUCCUGUGCCCCAAGAGCCUUUGGUUCUGUGCCGCAAAACCCACUGAAAGGCUGGCAUAUGUGCAAAUUUAUUUACUCGCUCUACACACCACUCGACGACGGAUUCAAUUUCGCAUUUUAUUAACUUUUGAUAACUUAACCGGGACUUCGACACUUGAGGUUAGGGUCUUACUUACUAAAAUGGAUAUGUAACUCAAGACAUAGUUCAAUGCUAGUUUAGACAAAAGGAUUAUUCUUCGAAAAUUGGUUAAAUUUAGACAUACUUUCAUAUAAUUAAUUCAUUAAGAUUAAUUACGAUGGAAUUCUAAUCUUGCUUUUUUAAUGAUUUGUACAUUUUUUUCAAAUUUUAAAAUAUAUCUGAGUCUGCGGUUAGAGCAUUAGAUGUCCACUGUUCUUAAGGGACUUUCGGGAUUGUCUUAAAGGCUUUGUGGCACAGUGUAAAACCUUAUCGGGAAAACCCUUUUACUUUUAUGUGAAAUAUUUAAUAUGUAAGCGGAAAUUACGUUUUUGUUUUGUGAGCGUUGACGACAGCUUUGCAAGAUCAUGAUUUAUGGCUCCUUAACUACAACACUUUUACGGCCUAAUCCGUCCUUCAACGCGGAGUCCAAGCCCAGAAUAUUUAAUUGCCCCUCCAAAUGGCUGUGGAAUUUGUGAUUUUAAUAGCCGCACGUUCGAGCCGAGCAAGUUGGCAAUUUGUUGGUCCUCGUAAACAGAUGAAAUGGUUCGCAUUCCAGCAAACAACACAAAUAUAACAUUUCCGACCUGCUCAUAAAGGUCAGAGGUCGUGUCACUUAAAGGUAUCGUAUACAAUCCACUUUGGCUUCAUUAGCAAACAAAUUCCCGACCAACGUUCUUGGUUGUGCGCCCUUGAAAUGAUUUGGAAAAUCUGCACACAGUUUUUCACUGCGUAACAUGAGUAAAAUGUUCAAUUAAGCCAACUGGGCCUUUGUUUACCUUUUCUGAAAAAGGGUUUUUGCCCAAUAAUUUCCUCAUUAUACAAAAGUGCCCAAAGAAAAAAAUGAAAGUAACAGCGGGUAAUGCCCUGUACAAGUUUGCACAGGAAAAUUCGAGAAAAUCUGGGAAAAUGCUUUCCCUGGCUGAGUAACGGCACAUUACUCGCUUUCGCACGUUUAACACAAUCUUUUCGCGAGCGCCCCUUUCCUCACUUGGUUAAUCCGCAUCGAAAGUGCAGCUAUGGCCUUCGCAAAAUACCUCAGUGUAUCCAUUAGUGCUGAUUAUGCUGUUUGGCAGGGAAAAUGGAAAUUUUGAAUGGGCCUGUUUGUGAAAUACAACUUCUGACAUUUUCCAUUACAUUCGUACAUCUUUUGGACAUAUCCCUCACCUGAGCUGACACACUUGUGUGGUUUACCAUAAUAACUUAUGUAAAUCGUUUCCUCCGCCGGUCGUUUUUCUAGUUUCCACUAACAUUCAACUGCAGUGCUGCCUGCAAGUUAUUAGUUGUCUACCCCGUACUUAUCAAAGGGCAUACAGACUUGGGCUUAUUAAAAAACUCGUUUUGAAUAGGAUUGAAUGCUUUGCUAUGAGUACAUCCACAAAACUAUAGCGGGGUUGAUAGAUUUAAAAGCAGCAAAGCGCUAUCUAGCGCUGGUUAUAUUAAUUGCUCACAGCUAUUUUAUGAUUUACUUUAAUUUUAUUCCAAUAGAGGGUUAUAAGUAGAAUCAAUUCCUAUGAACGUUAUUUGCGCACAUUUGUCGGCUCCCCUUUAUGACAAGUUGGACAGGUGCUGGUUCCUCACAUACCCCAAUCGGUCCCAGGUUAAUCCUCGAGGAGCUCAGCUGAGUGACGAGGAUGGUGGAGCUGGCUUGCUUAAUCCACACGACUAUAAUUAUAAUAGCUGCGUACACAGGCUGUUGCCAUUGCGCUCUCAAUAAUGGAUAUGUCUGCAACUACAUGAAGUACACGCCGCAGGGUCCUUGGAGGCUCUCCUGUCGCAUUAAUGCUUGUAAAAUGGUGUGCAUUAUGCAUACAGUUCUAAAUUUAGGACCCCUAGUGUUCCGCUAUUAAGACUGGCGGUUUGUGCCGAUCUGACGGCUUCAGUAAUUUAAUCUUCCGAGUAAAUAUAAAGUUACACCGCUUGAUUUCUGCUGGGCGCCACUGUCUGAAAAUUAUUCCAAUUAUCCUCUAGCUAGCGAAGAAUAUUAAAAGUAUUAAAGUGUACUUAACUUAAUUGAUAAUUCCCAACGAAUAACUUUUUAAAUAUUUAUUGGUUUAUUUACCUACAUUUAUAUAGUCUCAUUAUAGAUAUCGGCAAUUUUUAAAGCGACUUCUUAUGUUUCCCAUUUAAUGUUUUAUUCCCACUGCAAUUCACGGUCAUAGGAUUAGUUUUAUAAAUACAAAUUUGGCGCGAAGAGGCUUGCAGAGUGGUUAUCCUGAAUAUUUCCUUUCCCAACUUUAGCAACGUCACUGGCUAUUUUUACACACCUGGCAACAAAAAGUGAAAGAAGGCCGCACUUCAGGCGAGGUGAAUGGGCCUGAACCCUCACAUUUGAAAUCGGUCCGAAGGGCAAAAGAGCAAUAUAAACAGCGUUUGUGUUCAUCAAUGAAUGAACACUCGUAAAUAAAUAAUUAUGUGUUCAGCAACUAUAGGCGAUGGGCCAGGAUCGAUGGAGGUCAGCCAAGGCGAAACCGAGUCGAACAAUUGCGGUGGCAUCCGAAUUGCACCCAUUUUAUUACCACUUUUGUGCUGAAAGUAAGGAAGCUUCGAGUUUUGGGGACUUUAAGGGGGCGGUUCAGGGAGUUCUGCUCAAAGUAAAAGUUCCAAAAUCAAUCAACGUGCGAAAAAGGCAAUUUGCUGCUCCCAGUGAGAAGCACAGCAUCAGAAGCCAGUGAACGAGGCUCAGGCGUAAAGAGUUCGUUUUAACGUAACGAUUUUUUAUAUACCCUAAGAAAUAUUUCAAUCAUUAUUGGAAUCACUUAUAUAUGCUUUGCUUUGUAAGCAGAAAUAGAGUAAUAUUUAAUGUGCUCAUUUAAAGACAUAUCAAUUGGUAUCAUUAUAAUAAUUAUUUUGGUCAAUAAUCCAAUCUAAAAUAUAUUUAAGAAUAAUCAUUCCGUAAAUAAAAUGUAUCAAUAGCAAAUAAUCGGUAACUAAGCUCGUUAUAUGUUUAUAAUAUAGCAUAGAUAAAAAAAUUUAAAAUUUAACUUUAGUUCCUAAAUUGGCACUUGGUGUUUUUAAAGUACUACCAAAUUCUACGUGGCCCUGACCUCAUUGAGGGUAUAGUCAUGCCUGAAAAUUCUAUUAUAAAUAAAGUUUCCUCGUUGCUUCCUGUGUGAUGUGUGGGUGUGGGUAAAAGGUGUUUUGUCUGGUCCUCGACUUUGUGUCUGGGUGUGUGGGCGGUAUGCGUGUUUUUUGUGUUGACAGCUUUUUUUAUUUGUACCAACAAAUGUGGCGCAAAACAUGAGCAACGCUUGACUUUUUGGAAUUUGUCCACGUUUUCGUCCAGUUUUUCUUUUCUUUUACCUGACGAAGUACACAUUUUGUUAGCUCGCCUGUUGGUCAAUGAUGCAUUUAAUAGCGCUCCCUUAAGCGAACUCCCGCAUUCUCGAAUUUCUAUAUACAAUGAGCCAUACAGACUUUUUCAAUUUCCUGCCAUAAUAAGACAUUCUCCUGCUGUGUGUGUGAGAGAGUGGAAUACAGGACUCUGCUAAUGCGUAAAUUUCAUUAGCGAUUGGGCCAUGCAUGACUGCGACUGAGAUGAUUUUAAAUUUGGCAAUUACGUGGACUGAAAGAAAAGGGAAUCAGGUAUGCAAAGGUGGGCAGAGCAGAUAGACCAGGAGCGGCAGCCCACACAAGCGGAUAUCCUUUCUGGAUGGAAUCGAAACGAAACAGGAUCGAAUCAGACCAAGCCAAGUGGAAGUGAAGGAUACUGCGGACCGGCUGACUGACGGAAUGCUACGACCGAUUGUCGGAUUGAAUCAGGAUUCGGGCCAGCAGGCAAAACAAUCCUGACGGCAUUAAAACCGCUUUGGGUGGCUUUCACUUUAUGCAAAUUUUAAAGGGAUUUCUGGCUAGCUCUGUCAUUUUGCGGCAAUGGGCCUGACAGGCUCAGAAAAACAGUGAGGCGCCAGCGAAAUGGAAAAAUAUAUAUUCAACGCACCUGAUGCGUUAUUAAUUAUUUCGAUUUGGUGGUUUUACCGACUGCGAUAUUGACGAAAUAUAAAAUACUCAAGGAGUUAAAUGUUUUGUUUCUAAAGUAAGUGAAAUAGGCUUGUGGCCUUUUUAGUGCAGCACCAUUGAUGCACUUGGUUGGCUUCCAGCGAUGUGUGAUUCAUUGGUGUUUUAAUUUCUACCGCGUUAUUUUUUUCUAAAUUGGCUCUAACUUUGUAAGUAAAUAAGUGAAAUAACGUACCUUACUAGUCUGAGUGUGCUGCAUGUCCGUAGAAACCCUAGUUAAGUAGAAAUCACAGCUUUUUGUUUGUAAAUAUUUGAUGACAAAAUGCUGACCAAUUUGAAAUGUCGUAAGACGUUUUUAAGUAGCAGCAGAAUGUCAUAAAACUGGUUCCGUCUUAGACAGUACCAUUAGAGGACAAACUAGAUAGAAAAAUUAUUUUCUAAAAAAAAAUGUGUUUAUACUCAUCUUAUUAAUAUAUAUAACUUAAAUAUAACAAAAAAAUCUUGUUAAUUCUCUAUCUAUUUAAUUUUAUUUCUGAAUCAAAAUCAUCUCUUGCGUAUCGUUUCUUGGUCGCCACACAAUCACUAUUUUCUAGGUAUUAAGUGGGGGUACAAAGUACAUACGAGAACUACAAAAUUAACUAAGACCAGGUUUUAAAUGACAUAUUUACUCGUAGAGUAAAAGGGUAUACUAGAUUCGUUGAAAAGUAUGCAACAGGCAGAAGAAAGCGUUUCCGAC